AUGUUUCAGCGAUCCGGGCCGUCGACCUCGCGCAGCACAUCUACGUCCAUGUCAUACGCAUAUGCUGACUACGAUACCACUACGACGUCACGCUCAGGAACUCGCAGGGCCACAGGUAGGCCUUCUACAGCAAGACCACGGACCGGGGCUUCCACUAUUGCCAGGGUCGAAAACCAGCAUGUCGUCUGUGCCAUUGCCGAAUCUCGUGGUAUCUCGCCUACCGUAGGCUUGGCCUUUGUGAACCUCGACACGGCAGAGGCAGUCCUGUGUCAAAUCUGCGACACCCAGACCUUUGUUCGAACAGUCCACAAGUUGAGAGUCUAUGGCCCUUCGGAGAUCUUGAUUGUAUCGACUGCUGCAAGUCCCAAGUCAAAGCUCUUUUCCAUCGUUGAGGAAACAGUCGAAGACAUUGGCAGCAAGCUAACCUUGCUUGAUCGGCGCUACUGGGCCGAACUGACUGGGUAUGAGUACAUCCAAACCCUGGCAUUCAAGGAGGAUGUCGAAGCAAUCAAGAUCUCCGUCACUGGCAAUUAUUACGCCGUGUGCUGCAUCGCGGCGGCACUCAAGUACAUUGAUCUUGGCCUGGGUAUGGUCUUCGCUUUACAUUCACUCAGGAUGCGGUAUGAGCCCUCUGAAGGAUCAAUGAUGAUCGACGUGUCAACCAUCUACUCGCUUGAACUGGUACAGAAUCUUCGCGACCCCAAAUCCAGAGACUGUUUGUUCGGUUUGCUCAACGAGACACUGACACCCAUGGGCGCACGACUGCUCCGCAGCAACAUUUUACAGCCGCUCACCGAUGCAGAUGUGCUCAGCAUGCGAUACACUGCUGUUGGUGAAAUGAUUGUGAAGGAAGAAUUGUUCUUUGCGACCCGGGCAGCCUUGAAAAACUUUCUUGACGCUGACCGAAUACUGACAGCACUAAUCAUUACGCCAAGCAAGAUUACCUUCAAGACAACAGAGCAAUCCAUUAACCAGGUCAUCAUGCUCAAGCAAUUCGUCAACUCUGUGAAUCCUGUCUUUGAAGCUCUGACUGGAACUGCCUCUGCUAUGCUCAGCAACAUUCGGGAGCUCUGUGCACCGGAGAAUGUAGCGCCUGUACAAGAGCUGAUUGAUCACAUCAUCAAUGAGGAUACUAUGUAUGCAAGGCAACCGCUCGAACUGAGAAACCAACGUACAUAUGCCGUGAAGUCUGGAGUCAAUGGACUGCUUGAUGUUGCUCGCACUACUUACAAGGAAGCCACCGAAGAUGCAUAUCAGCACUCGAUUGAGCUCAGUCAGGAAUACGAUAUCAGGCUAGACCUUAAGUACGAAGCUGCUCGACAGUUUUACAUCAAGAUUUCCCUGUCUGAGCUCGAAGACAAGACGCUGCCACCAGUCUUCACCAACGUAAUCCGCCGCCAUAAAAACAUCGAGUGUCAGACGGUGGAGUUGAUGAAGCGCAACCAGAAAAUCAACGUGUCUCACCAAGAAGUGAUACUCAUGAGCGAUGAAGCUGUCGGAGAUCUCAUUGAGCAAUUGCGCAGCCACAUGUCAAUCUUGUUCAAAAUCUGCGAAGCUGUAGCAAUGCUAGACAUGGUACUUAUUGGAGCAUUCGCACAUCUAGUGACGGUGAGCAACUAUACUCAACCACAGCUCACUGACACAUUGGCCAUCGAAGCCGGGCGCCACCCGAUCAAAGAAAAGAUUAUGCCAACCAAAUUCAUCCCAAACGAUGUCUACGCUACACAGCAGACACGAUUCCAGAUCAUCACUGGCUGCAACAUGAGUGGCAAGAGUACAUAUAUACGCUCACUAGCUUUGAUGACUAUCAUGGCUCAAAUUGGAUGCUAUGUCCCUGCCAACUACGCGUCAUUUCCAAUCCUGCACCAGCUCUUUGCCAGAGUAGGAACCGAUGAUAGCAUUGAGACAAAUGUUUCCACUUUUGCUGCUGAGAUGAGAGAGAUUGCUUUUAUACUGCGCAACGUGGAUCGCCGCAGUGUUGUGAUAAUCGAUGAGCUAGGUCGUGGCACAAGCACGAGAGAUGGUCUUGCCAUUGCUUUGGCUAUCGCAGAAGCCCUUGUCUCAAGCAGAGCUCUUGUAUGGUUUGCGACCCACUUCAAGGACCUGGCUACUAUCAUGGGUGAGCGUGCUGGAGUUCUGAAUCUGCAUCUAGCAGUUGAGAUUGGAAAUGAGCACAGCAUGACAAUGCUCUAUAAAGCAACUCAGGGCGUUGCCAAAGAAGCACACUAUGGUCUGAAGCUCGCCCGCGUUGUACCAUUGCCUCCUGGACUUGUAGAGCAUGCUACAGCUAUCGCGCGCAAGGUAGAGCGGCAUGCGCUCCAAAAUAAGAAAGCAUCAGAAACAGUACUCAAAGAGAAGCGACGCAAGCUCAUCCUCAACCUCAAAGAGCACCUCAUCCAGGCAUAUAACGGCGUACUAGAGGGAGAGGUUCUCACUGCAUGGCUCAAGGAACUGCAAAAAGAGUUUGUGAACCGCAUGGUCACGCUUGAAGCUGAAGCUGAAAAUGCAAUCAACGAGACUGAAGAGGAUCAGGACGAAGAAAUGGGGGACGGGAGUACAUGCGAAGAAGAACGCUCAAGGACAAAUGAUAGUCAGUCGUCGAUCAUGUCAAUCGACUCGCAUAUCACGUCGACAGAGUCCGAGUCUACAUUUCGAGCAAUGUCCGAGGCAUCAACCGUACGUGCGGUUUCUGAAAACGAGUGUUGA